AUGAACGGAGGCGAAACACUUGGACGCGGCCAUGUGUUCCCAUUGGAGAAUUACAAGGUAAACAUUGCCUUUUGUAAAUAUGCGGAGCUUACUGUCGAAACCUUUAUUUCAAUCAGUAGAAAUAGCAAUCAUGAUGGGAGUGCCUCCUUUUGGCACAACAAAACGGUAUUUUUCAAAUUAACGAUUAAACAACCACGCAUUCACACUUGA